AUGCUUUUCGUAUUUACUUUACGAACGCAAAACAAUCAACUAUUUAUCGUUUUUCUUAUUGCUAUUAUGAAUACGAAGCAAGAGAAAAAGAGUACUACCAAUUAUAUUAAAAAAAAAGAGCUUAAAGAAAAGGAGCUUAAAGAAAAGGAGAUUAAGGAAAAGGAGAUUAAAGAGGGGGGCAUUGAGGAAGAAGGGGACAUUAAGGAGGAGAGCGAUAUUAAGGAAGAAGGCGAUAUUAAAGAGGAAGAGGAUAUUAAGGAAGAAGCUAUUAUACUACUAUUAAAAACUCUUUUAUUAAAGAACCUUUAUUACGCAACCUUAUAA